AAAAAAGAAAAAAAACGUCCCAAUUCCCCACACCCGCGGCCGCGAGCAGAAAUCCCUAACCUGUCCCGACCCAACUCGCCGCCGCCGCCAAGGAACCCUAGCGUGUUGAUGGCAUCGACGGAGGGGCAGGUCUUCCUUGGAUCGAGGAACCUGUCGUAUCACAGCGCCCACUACCCCGACGCUAGCGCCGAUUGGGAUUACCCGGAAGACCCAGGCGAUCGGCGGGAGGGGGUGGAGGUUGCCGAGCUCCAUGACCAGCCGGCGCGCAUGAGCACCUCAGAUUCAGAUCCAUGUGAAGUCGCCAGGCGUGCCUUGGACCUCAUGUUCCCGCGGGAGGAGGACAGCGAUGACGUCUGGAGCACCUGGAGCGCACGGGAGGAGGGCACUGAUGACGACGAUGAACAAGGAGGGGAAGGAGUCGAUGACUGUAGCACGCAGGAGGGCAGCGAUUAUGAGGACGACGGCGGCAAUUGCCAAGUGAUACUAGUCGAGACAAACUGUCCAGGAAAGCUCUACCCCAAGAGCCAAGCAGAUGAGAUAGAUGACAAAUGGGUACAUAGGUACUCCCAACAGCUUAGUGAACACGUGAAGCUGUGCAGGGAGAUUAUGGCUCUGCGAGGUGAUGAUGAUGAUGAUGAAGAGGAGGAGGAGAAGGAUUAUGAUGCUCCUUUCCCCGUCUAUCCCAUGAGAGUGUUCCCUGACGCAACAGGUGCCUGCGUCCUUGGGCUCAACUGCCACCACCGUAUCUACAGGACCCAUGACACUUCUACCACCCCAUCAACUCUUGGAAAGCGCACACCAAGUUAUAUGCUACAAUUAUUCUCCAUGCGUCUAUCAAGCUUUGAACCCUUGUAUCCCAUUAGUGUGUAUGGAAUAUUUGCCAUUCGGGAUUACUUGGACCCGCGACGGAACUACGUCUUUAACCGUCCCAGGGAUGACGCUGUCACGAUUGAAAAGCAGGCUGAGAUUGAUGUCCGGACUGAAGCUGAUCUCAUGCUUUAUGAACGGAUUUCUGGUGAUAAUUGCAAUUUGGACUUGAAAUAUAUAGUCUUUUCAGAAAGUGUUGAGGCUGUAAUACAAGUAUAUGCAAAGGUCAGCCAUCCUCACCAUGUGUUGUUCACUGCUUUUAGCACCGGAUAUGAUAACCAUCCUCUUCGUGGGGUUGUGCUGUUUGAUGACAAAUUAUUUGGUGAGGAAAAACUAUUCAAGCAUGUUGUCGCGGUGACAGCAAAUGAAGAACUGCAUGUUUUUUUAGAAGUGAACGGUUCAGUGUUCCAGUGGACUUUUCAAGAUGAACAUGUCGGAGCUGUUGUUUCUCCUGAUGACUCAAUCUUGGACUAUGGACAGUUCUUCGUGAGGGUAUUGUUUGCUCCAAAGGAUUAUAAGGGAAGCUCAGCUCUAACAUUCUGACAGUGUCGCCAUUGGUUGAAAGCCUGAAGCUAGUGAAAAAAGUGCUGUUGCUUUUCCUGGUCUUGUAAUUGCGUAACAGUUGAAUUUAUCUUUUUAAGCCCUCUUAGACAGACAUCAGAAGUAUUAUAUUUUAUAGCCUUAAACUCGUGAAAACAAGAGAAACUGUUGACUUUUAUGUGGCCCAUUUUUAUAGACUGGAAACCUGAACAUGUUCAAGUCCAUUUCCUCUGUUA